AUGCAAGAGUUGAGCAGCCGAGAGGCCGAUGUAAAGAACGAACUGAACACAACGAAGGUAAUGCAUGAAAAGAAACCAAAGCAAGAGAUGAGUUUAUUGUUGGAAAAUGUGCAAAGGACUACAAGUGAAGUGACUAAGAUAGAAGAUGUUUAUUUUGAAGUAGGGAAAGAUUUCUCACUCCCACGUGUUGCAUUGGGAAAGCGUGUCGUAAAGAAGAUUGAAGAUAUGGGGAAACUUAAGGAGAAAUGUCAAUUUUCAAAAGGGUUACUUGCUGAUCUAUUACCUGAUAGUGGGCACAUGCCCACGACAAAACGGGUGGGUAGAACAACAGCCGAAAGAAAUUUGGAACAAAUUUGGGAGUCCUUGAUGGAUAAUGAGGUCAAAACUAUAGGUGUCUAUGGUAUAGGAGGAGUGGGCAAAACAAACAUCAUGACCCACAUCUUUAAUAAAAUACAGGAAUUUAGAAUAUUGGAUACUGUCAUUUGGGUGAUAGUGUCUAAUGAUUCUAGUAUUGAGAUACUACAAAAUGGUAUUGCACGAGCAAUAAAAUUAGACUUUUCUGAUAAAGAGGAUGAAAUGAGAAGAAAAAUGAAAUUGUUUGAGGCUUUGAAACGUAGGGAGAAGUUCGUUAUCAUCUUUGCUGAUAUAUGA